AUGGCGCCCUCAGCCACCAACACCGAAUGGGACCAUGAGUACAACACUCUCCGCCGAGAGAACCUCUUCCGAAACCCUCCCAAGGAUCACACUGCGUAUCCUGCCCUUCAAUUAGCCAUCGAUCCCCAUAUUGAGUCCUUCAAUGGUCUCUUCCGCGACGACGGCAAGCCUGGCCUGCUGACGCAUGGUCUGGCCGACAUUGGCACCAAGACCUUUCUCGACGGCAACGAACGGGCUGGACCUCAAGGCAAGAAUCGCCUGACCAUUCGAUACAAGGAUGUCUUUCUCCAGAAACCCCAGGUUCCGCCUUCUAACAAGAUGGCCCGGAACCGACAAAUCUUUCCCGCCGAGUGCAGAGAGCGCCACGUAACAUAUCGAGGAAGGCUUUCAGCUACCCUCGAAUAUCGCAUCAACGGUGGCGAUCCCAUUGAAUUCGUCCGCGAGUUUGGCCAGGUGCCCAUCAUGAUCAAGUCCAACCGAUGCCAUCUUGAGGGCAACUCGCCUGCCCUUCUCGUUGAGCGAAAGGAAGAGUCCGAGGAGCUGGGUGGCUAUUUUAUUGUCAACGGUAUUGAAAAGAUCAUUCGAAUGCUGCAAUUGAACAAGAGAAACUUCCCCAUGGCCAUCAACCGACCUAGUUUCCAGAACCGUGGCCCCGGCUACACCCCCUACGGUAUCAUUCUCCGCGCAGUUCGACCCGACGAGACGUCUCAGACCAACGUUCUCCACUACCUCAACGAUGGAAACAUGACUUUCCGUUUCUCAUGGCGCAAGAACGAGUAUCUUAUUCCGGUCAUGAUGAUCCUCAAGGCGCUCGUCGAGACCAACGACCGCGAGAUCUUUGAGGGUCUGGUUGGCCCUGUUGGAUCAAAAUCGACCGAAAACACCUUCCUUACGGACCGAAUCGAGUUGCUUUUGCGGACGUACAAGUCCUACAACCUUUACAGCAAGUCGGAGACGAGGGCGUACCUGGGUGAAAAGUUCCGGGUUGUGCUUGGAGUUCCUGACACCAUGUCCAAUCUCGAUGUUGGUACCGAAUUCCUCCGAAGAAUUGUUCUGGUCCAUCUCGGAAACGUCGACGUGACGGAGGAGCAGGACAAUGAGAAGUUCAAGCUGCUUCUCUUCAUGAUCCGCAAGCUCUAUGCGCUCGUCGCUGGCGAGUGCGCUGUCGACAACCCCGAUGCUGUCCAGAACCAGGAGAUUCUGCUGGGAGGUUUCUUGUAUGGUCAAAUCCUCAAGGAGCGUCUCGAUGAGUUCCUGAGCGUUAACGUCCGCGCAUCCCUGCGAGAUUACCUCCGCCGGAACCCAACUGUUCCCUUUACUUCUGAAGAUUUCCGCAAGGACUUCCCAAAUAACAUUUUCCGGAAGGCCAACGAGAAUCUCGGAAAUGCCCUGGAGUAUUUCUUGUCCACGGGUAACAUGCAGAGUCCAUCUGGACUCGAUCUUCAGCAGACUGCAGGUUUCACAGUUGUGGCCGAAAAGCUCAACUUUUUGCGAUUCAUCAGUCACUUCCGCAUGGUGCAUCGAGGUGCCUUCUUUGCCCAGCUCAAGACAACUGCUGUGCGAAAGCUGCUCCCCGAAUCAUGGGGCUUCAUGUGUCCUGUCCACACGCCCGAUGGUGCGCCCUGUGGUCUUCUGAACCAUCUUGCACACAAGUGCAAGAUCAUGACCGAUUCGGUCGACGUCUCCCAUAUCGCAGCUCUUGCUGCCGAGCUUGGGAUCGUUGACGUUUCGUCAGCCUCGACCGAGGAGAAUGUCGUGGUCAUGCUUGACGGCAAGAUUCUUGGUUUCUGCACUCCCAAGGAGUCGGUCAGAAUUGCGGAUUGUUUCCGAUACUGGAAGGUUGAGGGCACACACGGCGUGCCUCUGCAACUGGAGAUUGGUUACGUUCCUCCGUCUCAUGGCGGCUCCUAUCCCGGCAUUUACAUGACGUCUACGCCUGCGAGAAUGGUGCGACCCGUCAAGUACCUCCCUCUCCAGAAGGAGGAUUGGGUUGGUCCCUACGAACAGCCUUACAUGUCUAUCGCUGUGGUGCCGCAGGAGGUCGAGUCUGGAAAGUCUACACACGUCGAGUUUGAUCCCACCAACAUGCUGUCGAUUCUCGCCAACAUGACCCCCUUCUCGGACUUCAACCAGUCGCCUCGAAACAUGUACCAGUGUCAGAUGGGUAAGCAAACCAUGGGAACUCCCAGCACUAAUCUUCGCUACCGAACCGACAACAAGUCAUACCGCAUACAAACUGGACAAACACCCGUCGUGCGAGCGCCUCUUCACAACACAUAUGGUUUCGACAACUUCCCCAACGGCAUGAAUGCAGUUGUUGCCGUCAUCUCGUACACUGGAUACGACAUGGACGACGCCAUGAUUCUCAACAAGAGCGCCCAUGAGCGUGGCUUUGGACAUGGUACCAUCUACAAGACCAAGAAGAUCUCGCUCAAGGAUGACUCGCGAACAAAGGCCACCAAGAGUGUUACCAAGGCUUUUGGCUUCGCACCACACAGCUAUGUGAGCGCGUCAUACCAGGGAAUGCUGGAUGACGACGGCCUGCCUCACGUGGGCCGCAUGAUCCAGGAGGGAGAUGUAAUCUGCGCGUGGCACACGGUGACGCCCGACUACAAUGGCAAGCUGGUGAACCUGGAUGGCAUCACUCACUACGAAAAGUACAAGGAUGCCGAGACGGGCUUUGUCGAAGAGGUCCGCCUGAUCGGAGCCGAAACCGGCAACGAGCCUCUACAGACCAUCUCUGUCAAGUUCCGUGUUCCCCGAUCUCCCAUCAUCGGUGACAAGUUCUCGUCCAGACACGGACAGAAGGGUGUCGCCUCGCAAAAGUGGCCAACGGUGGAUCUGCCCUUCUCGGAGACUGGCAUCCAACCGGACAUUAUCAUUAACCCCCACGCUUUCCCUUCCCGUAUGACGAUAGGCAUGUUUGUGGAAUCGCUCGCCGGCAAGGCUGGCGCGCUGCAUGGCCUUGCGCAAGACUCGACACCGUUCAAGUUUGACGAGGAGAACACUGCGGCGGACUAUUUUGGCCACCAGCUGAUGAAGGCCGGGUACAACUACCACGGCAAUGAGCCCAUGUACUCGGGCAUUACGGGAGAGGAGCUCGCAGCUGACAUCUACAUCGGAGUUGUCUACUACCAGCGUCUACGACACAUGGUCAACGAUAAGUACCAAGUGCGAACCACUGGUCCAGUGGUGCCGACAACAGGCCAGCCCAUCAAGGGCCGAAAGAGGGGCGGUGGUAUCCGUGUGGGAGAAAUGGAACGUGAUGCGCUGUUGGCUCACGGAACGGCCUUUUUGCUCCAGGACCGUCUCCUCAACUGCUCGGAUUACUCCAGGUCGUGGAUCUGCCGCCGCUGCGGUUCGUUCCUCUCUGUGCAGCCCACCGUGUCGCAGUUUGCGCCGGGCAAGAAGAAGGCGGCCAGCAUCGUGCGAUGCCGCAACUGCGCCGUCAAGCUGGACGACGCCGAGGGCAUCGACCUCACCGAGAUCCAGGGUGAGAUCUGGGAGGACGGCCAGGGCAACUCUUGGGUGGGUGGCGAUCACACGACGCAGGUUGUCGUCCCCGGCGCUCUCAAGUACCUCGACGUCGAGCUGGCAGCCAUGGGCAUCAAGCUCAAGUACCGCGUGGACCGCACCGACGAGCCUCGCAAGGGGCCCAUGAGGCCCAUGUCGUUAGACGGAGUUCGGGUUGGAAAAUAG